AUGCUUGAAGGAAAAUUUGACGAGGCUACAUUGCUAAAGAAAAUUGUAGAUUCUAUCAAAGACUGUGUUAAACUAUGCAACUUUAACUGUACUGAACAUGGAAUUACCGUUCAAGCAGUUGAUGAUUCAAGAGUGUUAUUAGUUUCUUUAUUGGUGGGCCAAUCAGCUUUCACAGAAUACAGAUGUGAUAGGGACGUCACAUUAGGUAUUGACUUAGAAAGCUUCUCUAAGAUCAUAAAGUGUGGCAAUAAUGAGGACUACUUAACCCUCUUAGCUGAAGAUAGCCCGGAUAGUGUUAUGACUAUUUUUGAGGAUAAGAAGAAAGAAAGGGUUAGUGAAUACUCCCUCAAGCUUAUGGAUAUUGAUUCUGAAUUCUUAAAAAUUGAUGAUAUGGACUACGAUACGGUUAUAAACAUGCCAAGCUCUGAGUUUGCCAAAAUUGUGAGAGACUUGAAGAAUUUAAGUGAAUCCUUGAAUAUAAUUGUUACAAAAGAUUCCGUCAAAUUCACAAGUGAAGGUGAGAGUGGAAGUGGAUCGGUUGUAUUAAAGCCAUACACUGAUAUGGAUCACCCCGAAGAAAGCGUUAGUGUCAAUUUAGAGAGUCCCGUAGACUUGACCUUUGGUUUGAAAUAUUUGAGUGAUAUUAUUAAGGCAUCUGGGUUAAGUAGUACUAUCACCAUCAAAUUGGCAGAUAAAACACCGGCUUUGUUUGAGUUUAAAUUGGAUGUCGGGGGGUAUUUGAGAUUUUAUUUGGCUCCAAAGUUCGAUGAAGACGAGUAA